AAGUUAUAGCUCACAGGUAUGGGUCAACCCACGAACCCGUCACCCAAAUCAACCCAACCACAUUGGAAUCCAACCCAAUCAAGUUUGGGGCUAACUCGAACUAAUCCAUUUAAAUCCAAUGAUGUUUGGUUUGGAUAGCUAGUUUGAUAUUGAACAUGUGAACUCGCAAACUCAAUGACCGACAAAAUUGAGUCUAAACAAUGAAUAUUGUACUCCUUGCAAAUAAAGGAAGGAAUAAUGGAGUCCCCGUGAUUUAGCUCAGUUGGUAGAGAUAUUCUAUUUUAUAUGUAGGGACCAGAGACUUUAAGGGUGAAAUUUCUAGCUGCUAAGUUAGUAACAAAAAAAAAAAGAAAAGAGGAAGGAAUAAUGGCGCAGCAAAUGGACAAUAAAUGGUGAGACCAGCAUGCCUAAAGAAGGAAUAAUGGCGCAGCAGAUGGACCUGUGGCUGUAGGGAUGAAAAUGGUUUUUCACUCUUAUAAAAAUGUGAACUUCGAGAUGCAUGAUCUCUUAUAAAAAUGCAAUUAAGUGUUGUCACUUUUUUCCGUAAGCUUUGCAGAAGGGAACAGUGGAAGCUAUGUUGGCCUUUUCUGUUCCUUCACUUCACAUCCCAGUAGCAAUUAAAACACAAACCCCAUUAAAAAAAUCAAUGUUCUUGAACUCACAAUUGCAUUCAAAACAUUCAUUAAGUAAUGGGAGCACUUCAAAAUUCAAGCUUUUCACUGCCUCAUCACCUUCACCGUUAACAGAGUCCAGUAGUAACCUUCCAUGGGAUGAAUCAGAAGUUGAAGCAGAUUCAAAGAAAUUUGACUGGUACUCACAGUGGUACGCUUUGAUGCCACUUUGUGAUCUUGACAAAAGAGCACCUCAUGCUAAGAAGGUGAUGGGAAUUGAUGUUGUUAUAUGGUGGGAUAGGAAUGAAGGUGAAUGGAAAGUUUUUGAUGAUGCUUGUCCUCAUAGAUUGGCACCUUUGUCUGAAGGAAGAAUUGAUCAAUGGGGUAGGUUGCAGUGUGUGUAUCAUGGUUGGUGUUUUAAUGGAUCAGGUGAUUGUAAGUUCAUUCCUCAAGCACCUCGCGAUGGACCUCCGAUUCAUACGUCGAAAAAAGCAUGUGUAGCUGCUUACCCAAGCACAGUGCAGAAUGACAUUUUGUGGUUUUGGCCAAAUACUGAUCCUCAGUACAAAGAUAUUAUCAAACGGAAAACACCCCCAUUCAUGCCAGAAAUUGAUGAUCCGUCAUAUACUAGAGUAAUGGUAAAUAGAGAUAUUCCUUAUGGGUAUGAGGUACUAAUUGAAAACCUCAUGGACCCUGCACAUGUUCCAUAUGCACACUAUGGAGUAAUGAACACUGCACAACCAAAAGAGAAAGAUGAUAGAGAAGGAGGAAGACCACUUGAAUUGUCAAUUGAAGAGUUAGAUGUCAACGGUUUCACAGCAACUCGGGUUUGGAGUAAAAGCAUAUUUAUGGCACCAAGCAUCUUUUACAAUGUGUUUACAUCAAACAAAACUUUAUAUGAUCCAAAUUACGCAUAUAGUGAUCCAAAUAAACCUGCAUCUUCCGUUGAAACUAAGAAAUCAUCGUUUCAGAAGAAAAUUGCUUUGAUCUUUAUUUGCAUUCCUGUUAGUCCUGGUAAUAGCAGACUGAUUUGGUGCUCUCCAAGAAAUUUCGGACUGUGGAUUGACAAAAUUGUACCGCGAUGGAUUUUUCAUCUGAGACAAAACUUGAUUAUAGAUUCAGAUUUAUAUCUUCUACAUGUUGAGGAAAAGAAAAUAAUGGAUGUUGGUCAAGCAAAUUGGCAUAAGGCCUGUUUUGUGCCAACAAAAUCAGAUGCUCUUGUGAUUGGUUUUAGGAAGUGGUUGAAGAAGUAUGCAGGUGGUCAAGUUGAUUGGAGAGGAAAAUAUAGCGGCGCUCUCCCUCCUACGCCUCCUAGAGAACAACUUUUGGACCGGUACUGGAGCCAUGUGGUGAAUUGCAAGAGUUGCAGUUUGGCCUAUAGGAGCCUCAAUGUGGUGGAAGUGGUGCUGCAGAUCAUAUCAGUUGCUGCAAUUGGGAUUGUUGCCGCAAUGAAGCAGGGUGUGGUUUCAGCUGUAACAAGAAAUUCAUUGGUUGUGCUGGCGGUACUUUCAUUCGCAUUGUCGCAGUUGUUAGCGCACUUCAUAUACAAAUACUUACGUUAUCAUGACUACAAACAUGCCUUUCACUGAAAUGUGUUUCCUUAGUUAUUGAUGUGAUGAAAUAUCCAACAUUGUUGUGUGUGUGUAGUGAAGUUGUACUAAUACAAAGCUAGUAAUUGUUGGUACUUAAGAGGAGCUUUGUAACAUUUGUGUGGCUUAAAUAUGAGCAGAAUAAUAACAACAUGAAGAGAUUUUUUUGAAGAACAACAUGAAGAGAUGAGUCCAAGAAAAUUGUGAUUUAGUAUAAGUAAUAUGACAUAAGAUCUAAUGAUGUAGAAUCAUCCGGAUGUAUUAACUAUUUACAUUUUAUUAAUUAAAUUUCAAAAAUGAAAAAUUUCUGAAAUUGAAAUCAAAUGUUUUAUUGAA